GCGUGACGUUACGCCGCUCCCCCUUCUUCAGCGCCUGGGAGACCCCGUUUACUCCUUUUUCCUUCUCGGCUCUACAGAGAGAAGAUGCCUGGAGUCACAGUGAAAGACGUGAACCAGCAGGAGUUCGUCAGAGCCCUGGCUGCUUUCCUCAAGAAGUCUGGUAAACUAAAAGUCCCUGAAUGGGUGGACACAGUGAAACUAGCGAAACACAAGGAGCUGGCACCGUACGAUGAGAACUGGUUCUACACACGUGCCGCUUCCACAGUCCGUCACUUAUACCUCCGUGGUGGUGCCGGUGUAGGAUCCAUGACAAAGAUCUAUGGUGGGCGUCAGCGCAAUGGUGUUAUGCCAAGUCACUUCAGCUGCGGAUCAAAGGGUGUAGCCAGGAAGGUCAUGCAGGCACUGGAGGGCCUAAAAAUGGUGGAGAAGGACCCCAAUGGAGGUCGCAGACUCACUCCCCAGGGACAGAGAGACUUGGACAGAAUCGCUGGACAGGUUGCAGCUGCCAACAAGAAACAUUAAGUCUAUUUGUUAUAAUAAAUUGUUCUGUUCCAAAACUGAAAA